AUGGCCGACUCAGAGGUUGAAGAAAUGUUAUUGGAACUGGAGUCGGAAAUACUUGCAUUAAAGCUGGAUGACAUUUUGAAGUUAGCACAAAAUAUAAAGCUAGACGAAUCUAGUGUUCAAGGUAAGAGUAGAUUUAUGAUUCUAAAGGUUAUACGGGAAGCUAUAGAAGAGACAGUUGGAACGCUAACUGAGAAAACAGAAUGUGUGACAUAUAUAGAAAGUAUUAAAGUAUUUCUUGGUCCACCACCGCUCGAAGAGCCGGCUGAUCAAGAGGAGGGACCCCAGAAAGAAGUAGAAGUUUCAGAAGUGGGACCCCAGGAAAAAUCAGAAGUUGUAGAAUUGGAAGAGAAGAUACAAGAAUUGUUGAGUAAACAAAAAGAAAACAAACUAAAGGCUCAAGAGAAAAAGGGAACAGGUGUUAGUAAGAAGAGUCCUGUUCAACCAGAAAAUGUUAUAAAAGUACCAUUGGCAAAUCUUGAAAAGAGUCUGCUACACCGAGAUUUUAAGAUACAAGGUGUAGUUGGGGAACCCGGACAGAAAGAUAAGUUGGGGUAUCAAUCAUUAGUUUCCCAAAUUGAAGCCGGUGUUAGAAAACAAUACUCUGAACUAGAAAUUGUUAAUGCAGUAGUUCGAGCAGUCCAACCAGGACUUCAGUUAAGAAGUUAUUUGGAAAGUGUUACAGACCUAACCUUGCCCAGGCUAAGGAAAAUUAUUCGGUUCCAUUAUCAUGAGAAGAGUGCAACCGAACUCUAUCAAAUGUUAGCCAACAUUACUCAACAACCAAAAGAGGAUCCACAAUCUUUCCUCAUUCGAACUCUGACCAUUCGCCAAAAGAUCAUUUUUGCCUCAAAAGAGUCUGGAAAUAAUAUAACCUAUGAUCAGAGCUCAGUGCAAGGAUUAUUUCUGCAUGCCCUUGAGACAGGGCUUAUUGAUGAGACAAUCCGAGCAAAGAUGAGACCAACCCUCCAGAAUCCUCUGGUCACCGAUGAAGAUUUGAUUGAAGCCAUGAACAUGGCUAUGUCCGCAGAAACCGAGAGAGUAAACAAAUUCAGUUUUUCGGGCAGAAAGUCAGCAAGCAUAUCAACAGUGGAGAUGACAUCUGAAAAAAACAAGGAAAAGAGAGAGGAGGGAAGAGUAUUAGCCGCGCUGAAGGCUGUGCAAUCCGACAUGGCGACGAUGCAAAGCGAGAUGAAGUUUCUCCGUGAUGCAGUAACCAAAGUGCCUGAACCGGGGGAUGAAAUGCGAAACAAUGUGGCGACGAAGGCUAGUCGACCGAAGCGUGGAUGUAGAGAAUGUGAUGAGAAAGGUUUGUCGGACACGUGUAAUCACUGUUUUCUUUGUGGUGGGGCCAAUCAUAUAGCCAGAUAUUGCAACAUGAAGUUCAGAAACCAGGGAAACCACAAAGGGCUGCCCCCGAGGGACAGGGUGUAGCCCAAUCAAAGACAGAAAUGAAGUCCCACCUUUGUAAUUACUGUUUGAAGAAAGAAAGUAGAUCAAAUGAAUUUCAAAUAUGUUCGAUAUGUAAAAUUGUGCAUUAUUGUUCAAAGGAUUGCCAGAGAAAACAUUGGGUUGAACAUAAGACUCUCUGUACAUCCAUCAAGAACCUCUCAACAACUGCAGGUACAAUACCUGGUUUGGGAGAUUCCGCAGAUACGAACAUGUUUGUCAGUCAUCUCACCCCAAAACAGAGAGAUACCGUAGUGAAGCUUGUUGGGGAAAAGUGUCAAGUCAAAUGCCAACUCAAUGGUAAAGAAACGGAGAUACUUUGGGACACAGGAGCCCAGGUCUCAAUUCUACCUGAGAGAAUUUUGAAGGACAUGUUCCCAGACAUUCCGGUUAAGGAUAUACAUGAGCUUUUGGGGGCUGGAUCAGAUCUAAAGCUAGAAGCAGCCAAUGGAACACAAAUUCCGUACAACGGGUGGGUAGGAGUAAAUUUUAAGCUCCUUAACAAUUCAGCAAAAGAAAUCACAGUACCAUUUUUGGUCACAAAUGAAGACCUUAACUGUCCCAUAAUUGGUUACAACGUAAUUGAACUUUUUGUGAAGGAUAAUGGCCCAGAAACGGCAUUGUCCGCUGUUGCAGAAAGUUUUGACAAUGUCAGUAACACAGAGGCAAGUGCCCUAGUUAAUUUUAUGAACAGCGAUCUUAGCGAAAGUCUUUGCGCAGUUCGAACAUCGAAAAAGAAAGUAGUUAUCCCUAGUGGCCAGACCAUGAAUAUUUCAUGCCGUGCAAACACUGGACCAAUAAGACGAAACAGUCCUGCAUUAUUUGAGCCAGAUGAACAAACCCAUAUGCCAAUAGGUCUAACAGUUCAAGAGGCUCUGACCACAGUGAAACAAGGGAAGUCUAGCUUAAUAGAUAUUCCAGUAACUAACACAACACAGCACGAUAUUGCCUUACCCGGUAGACUAGUCCUUGGCAACCUACAAUUGGUUCGCUCGGUUACUCCACUUGAAGUCAAAUUAAAGAAGGAAGAACUGGGAGAGCAGCCAGGCAACAUAGAGACAGAGAUUCAGGUAGAUCCAACAAAACCAUCAUCCCUGGAAAGUGAAGAACCCAGACUACCAGAUGUAGACUUAAGUGGGCUUACACCUGAACAAAGACGAGAAGCAACAAAGAUGUUAUACGAGGAAGCUGAUGCAUUUGCGAUGGAUGACGAAGACGUUGGGUGUAUUGAGGGACUUCAAAUGAACAUUCACUUAACUGAUGAUCAACCAGUCCAGAAGAACUAUUUGUCAAUUCCCAGACCACUGUAUCCGGAAGUAAAGGCUUAUAUAGAGGACCUAUUGAACAGAAAUUUUAUACGCAAAUCGAAAUCACCGUUUUCCAGCAGUGUGGUAUGUGUUAGAAAAAAAGACGGUGGGUUACGAUUGUGUGUGGAUUAUCGAGCUUUAAACCAGAAAACUGUACCUGACAGACACCCUAUCCCGCGUAUUCAGGAGACACUAGACAACCUGGGAGGAAACCACUGGUUCAGUGUCCUCGACCAGGGGAAGGCUUACCAUCAAGGUUUUAUGGACAGAGAUAGUCAGCCUCUUACAGCCUUUAUAACCCCCUGGGGCUUGUAUGAGUGGACCAGAAUACCGUUUGGGCUAAUGAACGCACCCGCCAACUUCCAGAGAUUUAUGGAGAACUGUUUGGGAGACCUUCGAGACAAAAUUUGUAUACCAUACUUGGACGACGUUAUUGUUUUCUCCAAGACCUUCAAGGAACAUGUGCAACAUCUACAGGAAGUUCUUCAACGAUUAAAGAGUCAUGGGGUUAAACUUAAGCCAAAAAAGUGUAACCUGUUUAAGAACGAGGUGUCAUUCCUGGGUCGAAUCGUAUCAGCUAAUGGGUAUCAGAUGGACCCCAAGGCGACUGCAGCCGUUGAAAAGCUUAAAGGAGUCAUUCCAAAGACCGUAGGAGAAGUGCGAAAGAUAAUGGGUCUGCUUGGUGUGUAUCGACGGUCGAUCGAGAAUUUUUCGAAGAUUGCAAAGCCAUUAUACGACCUGUUAAAUAGGGACACAUCUCCACCGAAGAUGUCAACAGCAAGCAGAAACAACCACAACAA